AUGUUUAAAUUUUUGGUUUUUGUUGCCCUUGCUGCCUGCGCUGUGGCUGAGCAUCAUGCUUCUUCAUACGCAUCGUUCAACAAUCAUGUUGAACAUACAUAUCACCACGAUGAUCAUCAUGAUCACCAUGAACCACAUCACCACCCAAAAUACGAAUAUAAGUAUGGUGUCGAAGACCACCACACUCACGACAUCAAGUCUGCCGAAGAAGAACGAGAUGGUGAUGUUGUGAAGGGAUGGUACAAACUGGAGCAGCCUGAUGGCAAAACCCGUAUCGUUCAUUAUACCGCCGAUAAACAUAGUGGUUUCAAUGCUGAUGUUAAAUAUUCUGGACAUUAUUAA